AUGAUCAGACCCAACCUGGAUGUGGGCAGACAGGGAAUAGAAGUAAUGUCUGUACCAGUCAUCAGAAAUAAGGGCCUUAUCAAGGCAAACUUGGAUAAGGACACCAUCAAAUCUCCUCCUCGAGAGAACAAAACCAUGAAAAAAGCAAUAAUGAUGGGCAUGAUAGUUACAACUCUUUUUUACAUGUCCGUAGGCUUAGUUGGGUAUGCAACUUUUGGCAAUGAUGCACUUGGAAAUAUGUUCACUGGGUUUGGUUUCUACGAGCCAUUCUGGUUGAUUGACAUAGGCAAUCUUUGCAUUGUUAUUCACCUUGUGGGACCUAUAUUUGCAAUCAUUGAGGAAUGGGCAUCUCAUAAGUGGAAAAGAAAUGGCCUUGUACACACCGUACACAUCAUAAGGAUUCCAUUAUGUGGAUCCAUAAGCUUUACUAUAUUCUCUCUAUUAGUGAGAAGUUUAGUCGUCGUGUCAACAACAGUGCUUGCCAUGCUUUUGCCUUUCUUCAAUACGUUGAUGGGGUUUAUAGGUGCUGUCUCAUUCUGGCCACUGACUGUGUACCUUCCAAUUCAAAUGUAUCUAACACAAACCAAUGUGCAAAAAUGGAGUUCAAAAUGGGUACUCAAUCAAUCUCUUAGCUUAAUUUGCUUUCUUAUUAUAGUGGCUGGUAUUGUGGGCGCAAUCACAGGAAUAUCUCAGGACCUCAGACAUGUAACUAUCUUUGACAUGAAAUAUUAG